CAUAUGUCUGGCUUUCCAAAAGGGAGGCGCUUGACGCCGGUAGAGGGUGGUGGGAGAAAAAGACCGACGAACCGGGUGGAAGCCCUAAAAAGCGAACUGACGUUAUACUCCUGAAAUUGCUUUAUUUUUUACAAGUCUAUGUGGAGUGACUAAAGGUUGUUGUGCCCAGAUUCGACCCCACCACCUCUCCACGUCUCUUCAUCUGGUGUGUGUGUGUGUGUGUGUGUGUCUGUGUUUGGAUAGCACAGAGAGAGAUUGUUAGUCCUACAGUAGCGGUAUUCACUGGUUUCUCCAGACGGUCUCUCAGAGAUCCACCAUGGGUGACAUGAGUGAUCUGGACAGGCAGAUCGACCAGCUGAGGAGGUGUGAGCUCAUCAAGGAGAAUGAGGUCAAAGCCCUGUGUGCCAAAGCCAGAGAGAUUCUUGUAGAAGAGAGUAACGUACAGAGGGUGGACUCUCCGGUAACAGUGUGUGGUGACAUCCAUGGGCAGUUUUAUGACUUGAAGGAAUUGUUUAGGGUGGGAGGCGACGUUCCAGAAACAAACUACCUCUUCAUGGGAGAUUUUGUGGACAGAGGCUUUUACAGUGUCGAGACCUUUCUGUUACUUCUUGCCCUGAAGGUGCGUUAUCCAGACAGAAUCACCCUGAUCCGGGGAAAUCAUGAGUCUAGACAGAUCACACAGGUGUACGGCUUUUAUGACGAGUGUUUAAGAAAAUACGGUUCGGUCACGGUAUGGAGGUACUGCACAGAGAUCUUCGACUACCUGUCCCUCUCCGCCAUCAUUGACGGCAAAAUCUUCUGUGUACACGGAGGCCUGUCGCCCUCGAUCCAGACUCUGGACCAGAUCAGAACCAUCGACAGGAAGCAGGAAGUGCCUCAUGAUGGGCCCAUGUGCGAUCUUUUGUGGUCUGAUCCUGAAGACACCACAGGAUGGGGCGUCAGCCCGAGAGGUGCUGGAUAUCUGUUUGGCAGUGACGUCGUGGCCCAGUUCAACGCCGCCAACGACAUCGACAUGAUCUGCAGGGCACAUCAGCUUGUCAUGGAAGGUUACAAGUGGCACUUCAACGAGACUGUUCUCACUGUGUGGUCUGCUCCCAAUUACUGCUACAGAUGUGGUAAUGUGGCGGCAAUCUUGGAGCUUGACGAGCACCUGCAGAAAGAGUUCAUCAUAUUCGAAGCUGCUCCACAAGAAACGAGAGGCAUUCCCUCCAAAAAGCCAGUCGCUGACUACUUCCUGUGAGCUUCCUGCAGUCUUAGGAUGCAAGCACUCUCAACAGGAAGUGGUGCUCUGUGUGUACUUGUAUUUCUGUUUCCCUCUCCCUGCCCAACUGUCUUAAUUGUGCUUUUUUUUUUUCUUUUUUUUUUUACU